AUGAGCUAGUUUCGUCGUGCAUUGAUAAUGACCUCGUAAUGAAGGAGAGAGUUUUUGUGGAGAUGUUUGGUGCGGAGUCUAAUUUCCAUGUUGGCCUCGUCUCUACGGAGCAGGCGGACUCGGAUGGUGACGAAGGGGAGUAUGAGGAGGAGGAUGGGGAGUCGUUACCUCUUACGGAGGAGGAGAAGGCGUUUCAUGCGAUGAUGGUAGAGGAAGGGAAGAAGGUUAGAAUCAGGGCGGUAGCAGACAAUCAGAGAGUCAAGAUCAACAAGUAUGUUCGCAAUGCGUUCCUUCCCACCGUCCCCCCGAGGUGGGUAGAGGCUCAGUCCAGGGAUGUUGACGACAAGCUAUGGGAUCUAUACACGUUCAAUUACGUGGCCCCGAUUCACGCGGAUUCCUAUAGAUUUUUGGCGUCCCUCACUGAUGAAGAAAUGAAGAAGUGUAGGGAGAAGGCGCUUAUGGAGAAUACUGACCUGAUCAAGGGGAACUACCCCCUCACCGCUGAUAGCAUGAAGCUCCCUGUCAUCGGGGACUUCGACCGAUCGAAGUGUGUCGUGUGGCCUUCUGCUCUCGCCAUUAGGCGUUUCUUAGCCCCAAAGACCGAAGCACCCAUAGCUGAGCUAAAGCGAAUCUGGAAUGUCGGUAGACCAUACCUGAAAGGCCAGUGUGUCGCGAGUGGAAAGGGAGACUGUGGAAAUAAUAUUUCAUGGUUGGACCACGUGUUGUGGUACCUUUUAUCCGAUCUCUUCUAUCUCUUCCCCCAUGCCCCUUCUCUUCGUGCACGUGCCCGUGCCUUCAGGUUGAGGGCAAAAACCACGUGGCGUGCCCCCAUGCCUGCGUCGGUAGUUUUCACCCACAUGAGGGAAGUAAUGGUCAAGAUGGCAUUCAAUGUCACAAUUAACCCUACGAGAACCGCGUAGAACAUUCUGAAUGAUCCGGACAUUAUGCUGCACAAAUUUCCAAAGACCAUGGCCAAACUCAUCCUUCCUAACAGGUUUGCAUACGCAGC